GAUCAUUGCUGAUAAUAACGCUGUCCGCUGCUACUAUCCGCUGUGUCUCUAUUUAUUAUUUAUGAACAGAAACUACUUGUUCCUGUCACUUCAGGUGUGACGGGCUGGGAUGACCAUAUUAGGAACACGGAACCUGCGCACCUGUAAGCUGACGUCAUGUGCUGAAAGUACCUGAAAGAGCGCCUUGCAGAGUCGAGUCUCAGUUACAGAAACUACCUUCAGGGGACAACAGGAAGACGCCAAGAAGCGAGUUCAAAGAGGAAUAUAUUUAGGAUUCUUUUCGUUUUUGGCUGUGUACUCGAGAGGAAUACUAAAAAUACGACUUAGACAAAUGGGGACCGCAUUGUUCGCGGUUUUUGGUGCUUUAAUCGUCGUUUUCCAGGUGUCGGCACUAGAGAGAGCUAACAGGCCAACAUGUGUGCCUGGAUUUGAGUCAGAGCUGCUGGUUUUCAGAGUGUCCAGGGAACAUCUGAGGCCGGGCAUGAGGCUGGGCAAAGAUCCGCUCUAGUGACGAUAAAUUAAAGAAGAUCUUUUACAGCAUCACUGGUCCUGGAGCUGAUCUGCAUCCUGUUAAUCGUUUCACAAUGGACAGAGAGACGGGCUAUCUGUAUGUAACACAGCCACUCGACAGAGAGGAAA